AUGUGGAUCCGUACAGGAUCCACAUGGAAAUAUUACGAUUGUGUUAAAGACUCUGAACUUAAUAUUAACGAAUGCGAGACAGAAUCAAAUUGUCCUGAAAACUCGAAUUGCUUUAACGUAAAUGGAAGUUAUUAUUGUGAAUGUAAAGAUGGCUAUGACGGCUACGACAGUGAUCGCUCAUGCAAAAACAUUAAUGAGUGUGAGUUCGACUUGGAUAACUGCGAGGACCAAAGAGCCAGUUGCAGUGACACUGAUGGCUCAUACGAAUGUAAUUGUAACAAAGGUUUUGUUGGUAAUGGAACGUAUUGUGAGGAUGUGAACGAGUGCCUUAGUACACCAUGCAAUACAAGUCUGUUCGAGAAAUGCGAGAACACGAUUGGCGGGUUUAACUGUAUUUGUCAGACGGGUUACUAUCGUAGCAAUUCAGGUUCACCAUGUACAGUUGCAGUUACUCAAGAACUGAAUGUUGACUUCACUGAUGUAAAAGGUGUAAAUAUCAAAAAAUCUGAAAAUCAGAAUUUUAAUUUAGAUAUGAUGAAAGAGGGCCUUGCAAAAGACGUGCUCGCUCUUUUUAAUCGAAGUAAUAGCAGCAGUCAGUACUUAAAUGUUCAUGUUUCAUCAUUCACCAUUUUGGAAUCAGUAGCAGACGUAACCUUUCUAAUUGAUCUAAUAUCAGACACUAACAUCACGAUAAAUGAAACAAGAAAAUUGUUCUUAGAUGAAUUGGAAGGACGUAAUGGCAAUCUUCUACGACCCGACAGCUACGUUGACCUCAAUAGCUUACUAGUCGAUGACCCAGUUAUAAAUCCAUGUAAAGAAGAUUUGCAUGAUUGCUAUGAUAGAAAAUUUCGUAAUUGCAAUUUCAACAAAACAGAUAACAGCUACGCCUGUUCAGAUUGCAUGAGCGGGUACAAUGCGUCUCAGACAAAUGGCAUUAGCAUAUGUAUUGAUAUUGAUGAGUGUAAAGAUGACCCGUGUGAUAAAGAUCGACAUGAACAAGACUGUGUAAAUGAAGAAGGCAGUUAUUAUUGUACUUGUGAAUUUGGAUACGUGAACGCAACUACUACCGGCAACUGCAUAGAUUAUGACGAGUGUGAAAAUGAAACUCUGUGUGAUAAAGAACGUCAUGAACAAGACUGUGUAAACGAAGAAGGUAGUUAUUAUUGUAAGUGUGAAGAUGGAUACGUUAAUACAACUACUACCGGAAACUGUGAAGAUAUUGAUGAGUGUAAAGGUGACCCGUGUGAUAAAGAUCGACAUGAACAAGACUGUGUAAAUGAAGAAGGCAGUUAUUAUUGUACUUGUGAAUUUGGAUACGUGAACACAACUACUACCGGCAACUGCAUAGAUUAUGACGAGUGUGAAAAUGAAACUCUGUGUGAUAAAGAACGUCAUGAACAAGACUGUGUAAACGAAGAAGGUAGUUAUUAUUGUAAGUGUGAAGAUGGAUAUGUUAAUACAACUACUACCGGAAACUGUCAAGAUUAUGACGAGUGUAAAGAUGACCCAUGUGAUAAAGAACUCCAUGAAAAAGACUGUGUAAAUGAAGAGGGCAGCUUUCAUUGUAAUUGUGAAGUUGGAUACGUGAAUACAACUGCAGCCGGCAACUGUACAGAUUAUGACGAGUGUAAAGAUGACCCAUGUGAUAAAGAACUCCAUGAAAAAGACUGUGUAAAUGAAGAUGGCAGCUUUCAUUGUAAUUGUGAAGUUGGAUACGUGAAUACAACUGCAGCCGGCAACUGUACAGCUAUAACAACCGAUGAAGUAACGACUGAGGAUGAGCAAACUACAUUUGUUGACUCAUCAACGAUACCAUCGACAAGAGAAGACGAUUUGACAAUGGUAGAGGAGCUGACAUCAGUAGAUAUAACAACUAAUGAGUUAACAAGUGAAGUUGAGCUAGCAACACUAAUUGAUAUAACAACAAUACCAUCGACAAGGGUUGGUGGUUUGACAACAGUAGAGGAGGUAACCUCAAUAGAUAUCACAGCUGAUGAAGUAACAAGUGAAGCUGAGCGAACUACAUUUGUUGAUGCAACGACCAUACCGUUGACAACAGUAGAUGAUUUGACAACAUUAGAGGAGGUAACAUCCAUUGCUAUCACAACCAAUGAAAUAACAAGUGACACUGACCUAACUAAAACAUUUGAUUUAACAACGAUACCAUCGACAACAGUAGAUGAUUUGACAACAGUAGACCAUUUAACAUCAAUAGCUAUCACAACCGAUGAAGUAACAAGUGAAGCUGAGCGAACUACAUUUAUUGAUGCAACAACCAUACCGUCGACAACAGUAGAUGAUUUGACAACAUUAAAGGAGGUAACAUCCAUUGCUAUCACAAACGCUGAUGUAACGAGUGAUGCUGCUCAAACUACCUUGCUUGAUGCAUCAACGAUACCAUCGACGACAGUAGAUGAUUUGACAACGGUAGAGGAGCUAACAUCAAUAGAUAUCACAACUAAUGAGUUAACAAGUGAAGUUGAGCCAACAACACUAAUUGAUAUAACAACAAUACCAUCGACAGCGGUUGGUGAUUUGACAACAGUAGAGGAGGUAACCUCAUUAGAUAUCACAGCUGAUGAAGUAACAAGUGAAGCUGAGCGAACUACAUUUGUUGAUGCAACAACCAUACCGUCGACAACAGUACAUGAUUUGACAACAUUAGAGAAGGUAACGUCCAUUGCUAUCACAACCGCUGAUCUAACAACAUUAAUUGGUAUAACAACACCAUCGACCGCGGUUGGUGAUUUGACAACAGUAGAGGAGGUAACCUCAUUAGAUAUCACAGCUGAUGAAGUAACAACAUCAACGAUACCUUCUACGACAGUAGAUGAUUUGACAACGGUAGAGGAGCAAACAUCAAUAGAUAGAACAACUAAUGAGUUAACGAGUGAAAUUGAGCUAACAACAUUAAUUGGUAUAACAACAAUACCAUCGACAGCGGUUGGUGAUUUGACAACAGUAGAGGAGGUAACCUCAUUAGAUAUCACAGCUGAUGAAGUAACAACGGUUGGUGAUUUGACAACAGUAGAGGAGGUAACCUCAUUAGAUAUCACAGCUGUUGAAGUAACAACGGUUGGUGAUUUGACUACAGUAGAGGAGGUAACCUCAAUAGAUAUCACAGCUGAUGAAGUAACAAGUGAAGCUGAGCAAACUACAUUUGUUGAUGCAACAACCAUACCAUCGAGAACAGUAUAUCAUUUGACAACAUUAGGGGAGGUAACAUCCAUUGCUAUCACAACCAAUGAAAUAACUGACACUGACCUCACUAAACCAUUUGAUUUAACAACGAUACCGUUGACAACAGUAGAUGAUUCUACAACAGUAGACGAUUUAACAUCAACAGCUAUCACAACUGAUGAAGUAACAAGUGAAGCUGAGCGAACUGAUGCUAUUACUGAAAAAUCAACGACAGAAUUGCAAACUGUGCUCGAUAUAACAAGUAAAGAAUUGGCAACGAAAGACAUGACAACGGUUGACCAAACUACAUCUCGGAGUGUGGAACCAAAGACAACCACCACAACUAAAAGUGAUUCAACUUCUGCAUUUACAUCCAAUCCAGCGACUCAGUCAUCUACCACUAUAUUACAAACAUCACCGGGUUGCAGUGAUGGUUUGCAAUUAUGUGUUGGUACUUUGGAAUGCAUCAAAUCUAUAUAUUUGUGUGAUCUAAAGAAGCAUUGUAGUAAUGGUUAUGAUGAAACAAGUGAAGCAGGUUGCGGUAAGUAA